AUGAUGGCGGCGGUGGGGCGUCCCGCGUUGUUUGUGGUGGCCGUCGCGCUGUGGUGCGUGUGUGGCUGUGCAGCGGCCCCUGAUGUGAGUGACAGAAAGCAGAGGAAGGAAGCAGAGGUGCAUUUCCUGAAUGUGGAGAAGAAAAAAGCUGUGUUGACUUACCUGAAUGAGGCAAAGAAGAAGGCGCUAAAGGUUCAGGAGGCGGUGAAGGAGGCCAGGAGUGAGGUGGACGGGAUCAAGAAAGAAAAAGCACAAAUGAUGGCUGAGGUUAACGAGGCCUCAACAGCUGCAAUUGAGCUAAAUAAAAAAGUGAAGAUGGAUACCAAUCUUCAACGGGAGAAUAUUGGCAUUGUGAUUCGCUUGGCAGGUGAUGCAGAAUCGAAGUCUGACGUGGCUUACGAGUCCUUUGAUGCGUUGCUGAAGGGUGUGGCAAAGAUACUGAAUAAAAUAUCGGAAGCCGAGAAGUUGGCUGGGGAGUCGGAGCUGGCGUCGAGCGAUGCGGCUACCGAAGCAAAUACAAACGUCGUCGCCCUUGCAGAGGAGGCAUCAGAGAAAGCACAAGCGGUUAUGAAAUGGUUGUCACAGACACAGGAUACCUACAGAUUGGCACGGAACAAAGGUGCGUGGAAAGAGUACUCGCGGUAUGCAGCGAAAAAGGCUAAAGAAUUGUUGCAAAAUGCCAAAAAGAUAGGUGAAAUGUCUUUCUACGGAAACCGUGAAAAGGAGACAGUACAGGAAUUUGCUGAGACCUUAGAAGAGUUGGCGGCGAAGGCAGUGGGUGGUGCGGAAAAGGAUUUGAAUGCUGCCUACGAAAUAUUUGAACUUGUCAAACAGGUUGCCCCGAUCAUUGAGUUGUGGCUGAACAAGAUAGACAUUGCAUUGGACGCUGUAGAAAACCCUAAGACUGAGUCAAAUCCUUUAUCUACAUCUGGCAAGCCUUCCCGACUUCCAGUGCCGGCGCCAGAAGCAUCACACGGUC